GAAUGUGACACCCGAGCUCAGUGUUGCUAGGGUGCAGAGUGAGGGAGUUGGAGAGGCGAAGUGAGGGAAAGACGAGAACUGUGUGCGAGAGGUCAGGGAAGUUGCACCGUGGAGCCAAAAUCAGAAGUGACAAGUGUCCGUUCCCUGCCGUUGCCCCGGGUCCCGCACGGUGGGAGCCGCGCGCUGCAGACCCGGGUGCGGGGGACACGGCGGACGCCGCGGGGACCUGGAGACUCCGGAGCCGCAGUGUCCGCGCGGGGCGGGCGGCCUGGGAAAGUCAGCGUCAGCAGCAGCGCAGUGGCGGGAACCGCAGCCCGGCGGCCCUGGAACCUCCCAGGGCAGCAAGCCAUCCAUCCAUUGUUCCUGAAAGAGAAAUUCAAAGGAGGGAAAGAGAAAGAAAUGGCUGAUUCUACAGUAAGCAUGUGCCAGGGUCUAUUGACUUUCUGGGAUUUGUCUGUGGACUUCUCCCAGGAGGAGUGGGAAUGCCUGGACUCUGUUCAGAGGGCUUUGUACAUUGAUGUGAUGUUGGAGAAUUACAGCAACCUGCUCUAUGUGGAAAACUGUUGCAAGUGUGAUCCUGUCCAAUACAAUGUGAAGACUGAAAAGGAGUCUUGUCAGUGUGAUGAGCUUGACAAAGUGCUUCAUGACCCCUCCACAUGUGCACUUCAUAGAAAAAGUGAAACUACAGAAAACUCUAAUGACUACACAUGCAGUAGUCACAGGGAUGCCUCUGUUGACUCAUCAAACCCAGACAGACGUGAAAGCAUAUACACUGGAGAAGAACCUUGGCAAUGUAAAGACUGUGAGAAAUCUGUAAAUCUGUGUUCCAACAUGACUCAAGAUCAGAGAGUCUACACUGCAAAGAUAGAGCACAGGCAAAAAGAAUAUGAUGACUCUUUCAGCUCUGGAAAGAGUCUUUUGCAACAACCAAUCUACAUUGCAGAGGCGCCACACCAGUGUGGGAAAUGUGGGAAAUGUUUCAGUACUGCCUCGAGCCUCACUGUACAUCAGAGAAUUCAUACUGGAAAGAAACCCUACAAGUGCAGCGUUUGUGACAAAUCCUUUAACCAGUGUGCAAAUCUUAAAACACAUCAAAGACUUCAUACUGGGGAGAAACCUUUCAUAUGCAAAGAGUGUGGAAAAUCAUUUCGUCAGUUGUCAGCACUUAAAAACCACCAAAAAAUGCAUACUGGAGAGAAGCCUUACAAAUGUCAGGAAUGUGACAAAUCCUUUACUGUAAAGUCAACUCUUACAAAACAUGAGAGAAUUCAUACUGGAAAGAAACCCUACAAGUGCAAUGUCUGUGACAAAUCCUUUAGUCAGUGCUCAAGUCUUAAAACACAUCAAAGACUUCAUACAGGGGAGAAGCCUUACAAAUGCAGAGAAUGUGGAAAGUCAUUUCCUCAGUUGUCAGCACUGAACAGCCAUCAGAAAAUGCACACAGACAAAAGGCAUGCUGGAGAGAAGCUUUACAAGUGCAGUGAAUGUGACAGAUCCUGUAGACACUAUUCAUCCUUAAGAAGGCAUCAGAAAAUUCAUUCUCUAGACAAACUAUACAAAUGCAAAGAAUGUGGCAAGUCCUUUCUUGAAUUAUCACAUCUUAAAACUCAUUACAGAAUCCACACAGGUGAAAAGCCCUACAAAUGUGAGGUAUGUGAAAAAUCCUUUACUACAACCUCAACACUUAGAACACAUCAGAAAAUCCAUACUGGAGAGAAGCCAUACAAAUGUAUGCAUUGUGACAAAUCUUUUACCCAGGACUCACAUCUUAGAAGACAUCAAAGAGUUCAUACUGGAGAGAGACCUUACAGUUGUAAGGAAUGUGACAAAUCUUUUUCUAAGUGCUCAACUCUUAGAGAACAUCAGAAAAUUCACACUGGAGAGAAAACUUACAAAUGCCAAGACUGUGACAUAUCCUUUACACAUUACUCAAAUCUGAGAAAACAUCAGAGAGUUCAUACUGAAGUGAGACAUUACUUCUGUAAGGAAUGUGGCAAAUCUUUCACUAGAAGCUCAUAUCUUAGAGUACAUCAGAAAAUUCAUACUGGAGAGAAGCCUUACAAAUGUAAAGACUGUAACAAAUCCUUCAUCCAGCGUUCAAACCUUAGAACACAUUGCAGAGUUCAUAGUGGAGAGAGACCUUGCGUGUGUAAGGAAUGUGGGGAAUCUUUUACUAAGUACUUAACUCUUCGAGCACAUCAGAAAAUUCAUACUAGAAAGAAAAAUGCCACUGUUAACAAUGUGUUGUAGCAAUUACUUGGUAUUCUCUGCUUACAUAUCACAACAGUAUAGAAAUAGAAACAUAAAUAAGAAACUUGUGAAAAUCUUUAAUAAGGUUUUAAUAUUAGAAAAGUAUCAGAAUGUAUAUGAAAAUAAAAUUCUGCAAAUGUAACUGUGUAAACAUUUGACUGCAGGUAUAUCUUGCACUCCAUGUAUGCUUCCUGCCUGUGGAGGCCAAAAGAGGGUAUCAUAUCCCUUGAAGCUGAAGUUAUAGGCAAUUGUGAGCUGCUAUAUGUGUUCUGGGAAUUGAACCAUCAGUAUCUGGAAAAAGAAUAAGUGCUCUCAACCAGUAAGCUAUUCUCCAGUUAUAAUAGAAACAUUUAUCUUCUUCAACAUCUAAAAUUCAUACUAAUUCCAAGCAUGGUCGUGCUCACCUUUAAUCACAGGAUUCCAGAUACAGAGGCAGGAGGAUCUCUGUGAAUUUGAUGCCAGGCUGAUCUACAUAGUAGACCAGGACAGACAGGACUAUAUAAACCUUGUCUCAAAAAAAAAAAGUCAUAAGUAGGAGAAAAUGACAUGUCAGAAGUUGUGACAACGCCUUUGUUUUUCCUCUAAUCUAGCUGCACAUCCUAAAUGCAAGCUUCUGACAAACCAUAUUAAAAGUAAACCAUAUAGAAUCCCUAAGUCUUGUUAUUCAUUGGAAGUUUCCCAAGUAUAUUUAAUUAGACAGACCCUUUGCCUAGUGCAGAAAUAGCAAACAUAGAGAAAUUCAUCAUGAAAGAAACACACACACACAUACAAUGCUCCAAGAAAUUCUCAUGUUUUAUUCACCUUCAAAAUCUCCAAACUAUAUUUACACCAUACAAAUAGUGAGAGGGUGAGAAACUGUAAACAGUAGGGCUAUGGUUGUGACAAUACAUACGUGCUCACAUACAGUUUAGAAAUCCCCAAGGUCAGGGCUGGAGGGGUGGCUAAGAGCAUUGGUUGCUCUUCCAUAGGACCCUGGAUUGACUCACAGUAAAUGGCAGCUCUCAACUGUCUGUAACACUAGUACUAGGGGAUCUGAUGCCGUCUGGAUCCCAAAGACACUGCAUCUACAAAAUGUACAGACAAACAUAUAUAAAAUAAAAUUAAUUACUUAAUAAAGAAUUUCUAAGGUCA